AUUUUUUUUAUAUGUGCUCUGUUAGUAUCGACAUCUCACCUUCGUUGGGUUCAAUUCUCCUUCCUAUAUUCUAUCAUAUAUAACCAAUAUAUACACCAAUCUCUCUUCAUCAUUUACAAUCAUUAAUCUCUUUUCGUCAUUUAUAAUCAUAGCACUAACAACAACAAAAAAAACGCUUUGAUCUCAGUUCAACCUUAAUCCUUGAGAACCAUAAAGAUGACGAUGGAGUACUACAAAGAAGACGAAGGGAUUCAUUUUGAUCCAACGUACGAAGAAGUCAUCCACAAGUAUCUUAAACCGAAGCUAAGAGGUGAAGACUGUGGAGACUUCAUAUUGAUGAAGGAUGUUUAUGCCAAGGAGCCAUGGCUGCUGGACCAUCCCAACAAUUCUUUUUUCAAGGAAGACGAAUGGUACUACUUCUCAACAAGGAAUCAGAUCUCCGAGAAGAAGAUUGGUCGUGGUAAGUACCCGAAGCGGAAGAUAGGCAACAACGACGGCAUCGACCGCGGGAACUGGAGGAUAAAUGCGAAAGAAGAUAUCAUUGACAAGGAUACAGGGGAUAUCAUUGGGAUCAAGAAAAACCUAACUUAUAAGGCACCAACACGAACAAGAAGCAGAAGAGAGGAGACGGUGCUUCUGCUCCAAGCAGCGAAAGCGGCUGGAUUAUGGACGAAUUUGUAAUUGUGUUACCGAAACCGG